UCGAAAAGAGUUAAUUAGCACAUAAAGCCACAAUAAAGUUUUAAUAAAAUUUCUUUAAAUAGACACACAAGGGCCAUCUUCCAUUUAAAUUAUUACACUUAACAUGGCACUGGAUAAGGAAACUGUGGAAUUAACCCAGGAGGAACAUCAAGAAUUGACAAAAUAUGACAGUUGCUCAUUUGGAUUCUUAAAAUUAGAUAAGCCUGAGGAGGCAGCCACCAAAAGUUUGUUGGAAAAGGGUGUACAGUUUUAUGAGUCAGUGAUCAAAGCGGCUGUAAGGAAGGCCAAGAAAGACAACAGCGAUGAGAAACCGAAAGUUGAUGCAGCAAUCUUUUGCAGACUAGGACAUCUUCUACUCUUGUUGGAACAGUAUGAGAAAGCACUCUCAGCUUACCAGAAGUAUUACCAGUUACAAGAAGACCAUUGGAAAAAUGGUCCAUUCCUUUAUGGCAUGGGAUUUGUUUACUUCCACUUCAAUGCAUACCAACUUGCCACUCGGGCAUUCCAGCAAGUGUUGUACACAGAUCCCGGAUUUAGUCGAGCAAACGAGAUACAUAUACGUCUUGGAUUCAUCUUUAAAAUAGGAAAAGAUUUUGAAAAAAGUUUAAAGCAUUUCCGGCAUGCUCUCUCAGACUGCAGUGCUUGCUCAUUGACAAAAGCUCAAAUUAAACUACAUAUUGCCCACCUUUAUGAAGUACAGGGUAAAUAUAAGCAGGCAAAGGAAGCAUACGAACAGUUCAUUAGCUCGGAAGACAGCAGUGAGGACACUUAUAAGGCUACAGCAAACAAACAGCUAGGUUGGUUAUAUCACACAGUAAGUUCACUCGGUGAGAAAUCUGCUCGGGAAGAAUUAGCCAUCAAAUACCUACAGGAGUCCUUGAAAAACGAUAAAUCAAACGGACAAACUUGGUACCUACUUGGCAGGUGUUUUUCAAGCCUUGGAAAAGUUCAUGAUGCCUUUGUGUCAUAUCGUAACUCCAUCGAUAAAUCGGAGGCCAGUGCCGACACUUGGUGCUCUAUAGGGGUUCUGUAUCAACAACAGAAUCAGCCUAUGGAUGCUUUGCAGGCGUACAUCUGUGCGGUGCAGCUCGAUAAAUCCCAUUCAGCGGCGUGGACCGACCUUGGUCUGCUGUAUGAAACGUGUAACCAGCCAAAAGACGCUCUUACAUGCUACAUCAAUGCAACAAAAACUGCUAAAGGAGGAAUAGUAAAUUCAACUUUGAAUGGAAAAAUAAAGUUUUUGCAGCAACAUCUCUCCAAAAUACCCAUGCAACAUCUACAAAACAAGCCAAAGACAUUACCCAGCAUAGAAGAGGCUUGGGCCCUUCCUAUACCUGCCGAACUUACAUCUAGACAAGGCUCAGGGACACCACACACAGUACAGAAAUCACCUUUGAUGCCACAAUCGGGCGGGGCAAGUCCGUCUCCAGGACAACAGAACUUUGCCGGUCAAGGUCCAAUGCUUGAUGACAAGAAGAAAAAAAUGCAACCUCGGAAAAGGCCAUCAUCAGAAUUGUUGGAGACGAGUCCGACAUCUCAACAAGGACCUCCACAAUUACUGUCACCACAUCAGUUACAGAUACUCCAUCAGUUACAACAAAAUCAGGCGAACCUUGAUCCGGCACGACGCCAGUUACUACAGGAUCUACAACAUCAGGUGUAUUUACAACAACAGCAUGCAAAAAUGCAGAUGCUCAAUCAACAG